UUUUGUUUAUUUUGCAUUUAUGUUUGCAUGCUGUUUAAUAUUGUUGUUGAAUUAGUUUCUCUUUUGAUGAAUUAGACAUUGUGAAUGUAGUGUUUACAGUCUGUAAGGAGUUAAAGAAAAAAAAAUUGAUGUUGAGAUUCGGAUUGGUGGGCACCAAGAGUUUUGGAUAUUUAAGAGUGAGCUAUAAUUUGGUAGUGUUCUGUUGGAUGAGUUUUGCUGGCCAUAAAGUGUUUAAAAUUAUACGUUUGAAGUAAAACGAAUGGAUAGUUAACUAACUCAGUACAUGUUCUUCCUUUAGCUCUCUCUAUUAACUGGAUAGUUAUAUCAUUGACUAUCAAUUCAUCAAAAUCUUACCACCUGACUUCCUUUGUAAGUGUCGUUGAAGCUGUUCCCUCACAUAUUUACUUUAAUUUAUACUUAAAUAAGCAUGUUUUUGAGAAAUGGGGAAGGAUAAGGAAGCCAAAGGAAAAGGUAAACAAGCCGGAAGUGGAAGUGAUGCGAGUGCUUCAAAGGGUAAAGGGAAAGCUGAGAAGGGAGAUGGGCUUGGCACCUGCACUUGUGUUAAAGCUAGGCACAUCUUAUGUGAGAAGCAGGGGAAGAUCAAUGAAGCUUACAAGAAACUGGAAGAUGGUUGGCUUAGCAAUGGUGAUAAGGUCCCACCAGCUGAAUUUGCAAAGAUAGCUCAAGAAUAUUCAGAAUGCCCAUCGGGGAAGAAGGGUGGAGAUUCAGGAUGGUUUCCGCGGGGUAACAUGGCUGGCCCAUUUCAGGAAGUUGCCUUCAGCACAGCUGUUGGAGCUACUAGUGCACCCUUCAAAUCAACAAAUGGAUACCAUAUCAUCUUGUGCGAAGGAAGGAAGAAUUGAUGGAAGCAAGCGAAGAUAUGGUCGGGCGGUGGAGAUGGGUUUUAUGUUAUAUAUACAGACAUGAAAUAUGUUAAAGUUUGUCUCGUUAACUGAUGAAACUUCGGAUUUGCAACUUGAUAAUGCUUCUUCUGGUGGAAUAGUUUGCCUAAAAUUAUCUUGGAAUAUAUGAUGCCAAUUUA